AUGGACAAGAUCAUUGGGUUUUCUGAUGAUGAAUUGUUCGGGAAGAUCUUAUCGUUUCUUCCAACAAAAGAUGCGGUAAGCACAAGCAUUUUGUCGAAGCAUUGGAAGUUUCUUUGGAUGCGGGUGCCAAAACUUGACUUCGAUGAGAUGAGCAUGUAUCACGAUGAUUCAUUUUCCUGUCAAUAUAUCUUAUUUGAGGAGGAUGAGAGAAGAGACUUUAAUAAUAUCAAGUUGGGAAAAAGCCAUAUGAUGCGGCGUUUUAUUCACAGGAACCUGCCAUUACAUAGCUCUCCCGUCAUAAAGAGCUUGCGUCUUGAGCUUUUCAGUGAUGUGUUUCAACCUGAAGACAUCAAACUGUGGGUUGAAAUUGCAAUCUCUCAUUACGUUGAGGAGCUAAGCGUUAAAUUUUCUAGUUUCAAUGGAAUACCUAAUGCGUCACUGCCGAGUAGCUUGUAUACUUGCAAAUCACUUGUGACGUUGAAACUAAAAUACUACGACAUUCUCGUGGAUGUUCCUCAUGUUUGUAGCCUCCCCUCUUUGAAAACUUUGGACCUUCGACGUGUGAUAUACGCAGAUAAAGAAUCUCUUCAACGGCUUUUAUCUUGCUCCUCUGUUCUGGAAGAUCUUGUUAUGGAUCUAUGUCCAUUUGACAAUGUGAGAAAGUUUGCUGUUAUUAUCCCGUCAUUGCUUAGUUUAUCCUUUGAAAUAUCUUCUAUGUGUACUUAUGAUGGGUAUAUCAUAGAUACUCCUUCUCUGAAGUAUUUCAAAGCUAUUGAUAGAAGUAAAAGACGUACUUCUACUUCCACAUGUGUUAUAGUGAAGAAUAUGCCUAAGCUGGAGGAGGCAUAUGUACGUGCUGGUCACAAUAUCAAGAAGCUUCUUCAACCUGUCACAUCUGUCAAGCGUCUUACACUGUGGGUAAAAGACAACAAACGUGCAGAGGUGGCAGUAUAUGGUGAUGAUAUUGUCUUUAAUAAGCUUGAGCAUCUCUAUUUUCGUGCCUGUGAGAGAUUUUGGUCCAAGUUACUAUUCCAAUUGCUCAAUGCUUCUCCCAAACUACGAGACUUCACUUUGAAUGACCAUCUUACAUAUGAUGGUUAUAUCAUGGGUGGAUCGGUUUGCUGGAAGCAACUGAAUAGUGUUCCUCAAUGUUUAUUGUCGAGUCUUCAGACUUUCAAGUGGUUAGGUUACCAUAGAUCCGUGGAAGGGAAAGAUCUGGUGACAUAUAUCUUGAAAAAUGCUUGCUUAUUGAAGACUGCAACAAUCUCGGCCGAACAAGAGUUGGAGACGGAGGUGAAAAAUGGUUUCCGUGGUUCACCCACAUGCAACCUCGUAUUCACUGAACACUGGGACGAUCAAUCUACUUUAAGUUUUUGUUGCAUUUGA